GGGUUCCCCAGCGCGGGACCUUCGGGAAACCCUGGCGCGAGGCGUCAGAAGCUGUCGGACUGUGAGCGCCUUCGAACUUUGGAGGCUUGGCUCGGGAUGGAGGUUUUUUUAGCAUGGGGACCAGGGAGGACUACGGUGCUCGGGACUGGGCUGCGGCCUCCUCGCGGCCCCGAGUGCCCUGUGAAAUCAGCUCAGGCCGCGUCCCUCUAGCCUGCACUUUCCCUCUGUUCAUGCUGCUUCCCUCCAGGGCCCGGCCUCCAAGUGAAGGGGGGCGGAGGGCGGUCACCUGCCAGAAGGUCUGGGGCUCCAAGCACCGGGGGCCCUAAGCAGCGAGACCUGAGGCCAGACGGAACUACAACAUGUACCAUCCACGAGAAUUGUACCCGUCCCUGGGGGCCGGCUACCGCCUGGGGCCCGCCCAACCUGGGGCCGACUCCAGCUUCCCACCCGCCCUAGCGGAGGGCUACCGCUACCCCGAACUGGACACCCCUAAACUGGAUUGCUUCCUCUCCGGGAUGGAGGCUGCUCCCCGCACCCUGGCCGCGCACCCACCUCUGCCCCUUCUGCCCCCUGCCAUGGGCACUGAGCCGGCCCCAUCAGCUCCAGAGGCCCUCCAUUCCCUCCCGGGGGUCAGCCUGAGCCUGGAGAACCGGGAGCUAUGGAAGGAGUUCAGCUCUGUGGGAACAGAAAUGAUCAUCACCAAAGCUGGGAGGCGCAUGUUCCCUGCCUGCCGAGUGUCAGUCACUGGCCUGGACCCCGAGGCCCGCUACUUGUUUCUUCUGGAUGUGAUUCCGGUGGAUGGGGCUCGCUACCGCUGGCAGGGCCGGCACUGGGAGCCCAGCGGCAAGGCAGAGCCCCGCCUGCCCGACCGUGUCUACAUUCACCCCGACUCUCCUGCCACUGGUGCACAUUGGAUGCGGCAGCCUGUGUCUUUCCAUCGUGUCAAGCUCACCAACAGCACGCUGGACCCCCACGGCCACCUGAUCCUGCACUCCAUGCACAAGUACCAACCCCGCAUACACCUAGUUCGGGCAGCCCAGCUCUGCAGCCAGCACUGGGGGGGCAUGGCCUCCUUCCGCUUCCCUGAGACCACAUUCAUCUCCGUGACAGCCUACCAGAACCCACGGAUCACACAACUGAAGAUUGCAGCCAAUCCCUUUGCCAAAGGCUUCCGGGAGAACGGCAGAAACUGUAAGAGGGAGCGAGACGCCCGUGUGAAGAGGAAACUGCGGUGCCCAGAGCCAGCAGCCGCAGAGGCCUAUGGGAGCGGAGACACACCAGGUGGUCCCUGCGACUCCACCCUGGGUGGAGACAUUCGUGAAUCAGAUCCAGAACAGGCCCCAGCCCCCGGGGAAGCCACCGCUGCCCCGGCACCUCUGUGUGGUGGCCCCAGUGCUGAGGCCUACCUCCUGCACCCUGCGGCUUUCCAUGGGGCCCCCAGUCACCUUCCCACCAGGAGCCCCAGCUUCCAGGAGGCUCCAGACUCCGGGCGCUCAGCCCCCUACUCGGCUGCAUUUCUGGAGCUGCCGCACGGGUCAGGGGGCUCCGGGUACCCAGCGGCUCCGCCGGCGGUACCCUUUGCCCCGCACUUUCUCCAAGGGGGCCCCUUCCCUCUACCAUACACCGCACCUGGGGGCUAUCUGGAUGUGGGCUCCAAACCCAUGUACUGAACCACUGCUGGGCCCCUCUGCCUCCAUCACAAACCUCCCGCUCCCUUCCCCCAGCCCUGGAGCCCCCUCACCUCCACCGGCCCCAUCCCCCACACCAAAUGGCCGCCUUGGGCCUGCCCACCCACCCCCCCAACUUCACACCUUGAUUUCACUCCCACCCCCCUCUGGCUUCAAAGCCUAACCAAGGCUGCUGGGAGUCCAGCUGGGGCCGGCUUCCCCUUCCCGGCUCUCACCUCCGUGUGAAUGGAAGGGGCUCUGCCUGGCCAAAUGGGGCCACAGACCAGCAUCCCCACUUACCGGGCCUCCCCAUGGGCUCUGGAGGGGCUCAAUCCCCACCCCCGCACACACACUGGUGCAGGCCACACCAGUCUGUUGUUCUGGGACCAGAGUAUUUUUGUUAAUAAAACUCAAAAGCCAUCCAUGCUCAGGAAA